AUGACUUGCCAUGCAUGUGUGAACAACAUUCAGGACAACAUGAAAAAUCGCCCCGGUAUUCGCUCUUGCAAGGUUUCACUUGAAGACGCUGAAGGUGUUGUCGUCUUUGACCCUUCACUUUGGACUGGAGCGAGCGUGGCUGAAGGUAUUGACGAUAUGGGUUUUGAAGCAAAACUCAAAUACACUCGUGAGGGCGUUUGUUUUCCUUCAGGCGCGGCAAAUUCUGUUCCAAAACAAGCCACGAUAUCCAUCAAGGGGAUGGUCUGUCAUGCUUGCGUGAACAAUAUUCAAGACACAGUUUCAAAGCGAAAUGGUGUUUCCUCUGUAGUGGUCUCAUUAGAAGAAGAGAAAGGUCGUAUUGUAUUUGAUCCGUCUGUUCUGUCAGCCGAGCAGGUAGUUGAGGCUGUGGAGGACAUGGGAUUCGAGGCCAAAUUGUUGGCUUGUGACGAAGUUAAAAAUGUCGCCGUGGCCGCAAAAUCGCCCGCGUCCCGGAAGAAGGCUACUUCGGCUCGGUUCUCCUCUAAUAAACCUGAGCAAGUCGAAAUGUCUAUGGGUGAAUCAGCACAGAACGUUGAGUUUGGCACCGAAAAUUUGGAGAAAUGUACGUUGGCAGUUGAAGGAAUGACAUGUGCGUCGUGUGUACAGUAUAUUGAAAGAAAUAUUGCAAAAUUAAAAGGAGUACAGUCUGUAGUAGUGGCUUUGAUAGCUGGUAAAGCUGAGAUCAACUACAAUCCGUCGUUGAUCAGUGUAGAAAAGUUAAUCGCUGAAAUGACUUCACUCGGCUAUCGCGCAAGCUUGAUUGACUCGCCCUUUUCGGCUUUCAGCAAAAUCCAUUUGACGAUCGGGGGUUUGAACAGUGAGGCAGACGUGAAUCGCAUUGAAUCGCACGUCAUAUCGAAGAUGGGUGUUGAAGGAUGUAACGUCUCCCUGGCCACAUCGCUAGCCACAGUCGAGUUCUCGCAGUCAGUCAUCGGCCCUAGGGAUAUUAUCGCUGUGAUUGAGUCUCUUGGUUACACAGCAGAGCUUGCGACUAAAGACGACCAAAUGAAACGAUUGGAUCAUUCUGCAGAAGUGCGAAAAUGGCGUACCACGUUCUUUGUCAGUUUGUUAUUUGGUGUACCAGUGAUGUUGAUAAUGAUUAUAUUCCACUGGAUAUUGCACACACCGAUGCAUCCGGAGAAUCAAACUCCGGUAUUCUCCCCAGCGCUCUCGCUCGACAAUCUUCUCUUAUUACUGUUAUGUACACCUGUGCAGGUGAUCGGUGGGCGUUACUUCUAUGUGGCCUCAUGGAAAGCACUAAAGCAUGGCCAGGCCAAUAUGGACGUGCUGAUAGUGCUGGCUACGACAAUCGCCUUCACAUACUCAAUACUAGUUCUGAUAAUUGCACUGGUUUUGAGGUGGCCAUCAAGUCCGAUGACCUUCUUCGACGUUCCCCCUAUGCUGAUUGUGUUCAUUUCAUUGGGCCGUAUGUUGGAGCACAAGGCAAAGGGAAAAACAUCGGAGGCCCUGAGUCGUUUGAUGUCGCUACAAGCAAAAGAGGCUACGCUUAUUACAAUGGAUUCCGAAGGCCGUGUUACGUCUGAAAGGGGAAUCAACAUAGAACUGGUUCAACGUAACGAUUUGAUCAAGGUGAUCCCAGGUGCAAAGGUACCAGUCGACGGGAUAGUGGUGGAUGGACAGAGUGCGGCAGAUGAAUCCUUCAUCACAGGGGAAUCCAUGCCAGUUGUGAAAAAGCCAGGAAGCAUAGUCAUUGGAGGAUCGGUCAAUCAAAAAGGAGUGCUGAUCAUACAAGCGACACUGGUUGGGCAAGACUCGACUUUGGCACAAAUUGUGCGGCUGGUUGAGGAAGCUCAAACUAAUAAGGCUCCCAUCCAACAAAUGGCUGAUCGUAUCGCUGGGUACUUUGUCCCAUUCGUAAUUUUCUUGGCUUUGCUUACGCUGGUCGUUUGGAUAGUGAUCGGAUACAUGUCACGGAAAUAUGACAGUUUGACGCCGACAGGCCGUUUCGAGAGUGUCAUGAAGGUAGCAUUCGAGGCGGCAAUCACAGUGUUGGCUAUCGCUUGCCCUUGUAGUCUGGGACUGGCGACACCUACAGCCGUUAUGGUCGGCACAGGAGUGGGUGCCACUAACGGAAUUCUUAUAAAAGGUGGAGAACCGCUCGAGACCGUUCACAAGGUGACCACGGUAAUUUUCGACAAGACCGGCACGAUCACUGAGGGUCGACCACGAGUUAUUUCUAUUCUGACUCUGAGAUCACCUCUGGACAUUCCGUUGAAAAUGCUUGCCAUCAUAUGUGGGUCUGCAGAAUCUCAAUCCGAACAUCCCAUAGGGGCAGCAAUCACGAAUUUUGCGAAGGAGUGGCUGCGGGACCCAACGUGGGCAGCGGUGUCCCGAUUCCACGUCUCAGCCGGUCAUGGAGUGUCAUGUCAGGUCUCAGGAGUUCGAAAGUCUCUAGAUUCCAUAAAGCAAGUGAAUGGGCCCGUUCUCUCCGAAGGUGAAGAAAUGGCGAUUUCCGACGCAAACGUCAUCCAUAAGCAGGUUUCCUGCAUGCCAACUCUGAAGAUCAAAAGAGAAAAUGAUACCUACGAGGUAGUAAUUGGAAGUGAACGCAUGAUGGAGAAGUAUGGAAUUCCUAUCGAUGACAUCACAGCUGCUGCACUGUCCGCUGAACAACAAAAAGGCCACAUAUCUGUACUUUGCGCCAUAAAUGGAGAAGCUGUGGCGAUAAUAUCAAUAGCGGACAAAGUGAAGAGUGAGGCAGCUUUGGCUGUAUGGGCUUUAACUAAAAUGGGAAUGCGGGUGGUGCUUCUGACGGGAGACAAUGCGAAGACCGCGUGUUCUACAGCAAAACAGGAUGCUGGAGAGCGAGUGGCCAUGGUUGGUGACGGUGUUAAUGACUCGCCAGGUCUAGCAUCUGCCGAUGUCGGUAUCGCCAUCGCUGCCGGCAGUGACGUAGCCAUCGAGAGCGCUGGAAUCGUUCUCGUUCGGAAUGAUCUCAUCGAUGUAGUUGGUGCUAUAGAGCUGUCAAGGAAGACGACGAGAAGAAUCAGGCUUAACUUCCUUUUCGCAAUCAUCUAUAAUGCAAUAGGAAUUCCAGUCGCUGCUGGAGUAUUCCGAUCUUUUGGUUUUAUGCUGCAGCCCUGGAUGGCUGCUGCCGCUAUGGCUCUAAGUAGUGUAUCCGUGGUAACAUCUUCAUUGCUAUUGAAAGCAUACAGGAAACCAACUUAUGGUUCGUUAUAUACCCCUGAGUUCAAACGACAUGCAAAAGCUUUAGAGGCGGGUCGAUUCGAGGUACGAGUUCAUCGCGGUCUGGACGACGGCGCGGUAUUCAGAAGCAAUUCAAAGCUCUCAGUCAUCUCGAGUAAAAUGAGUUCGCUCUUAGGGUCAACGACAAGUGUCAUAAGUGGUACUGGAAGCAAGCGAACAAGACUACUUGAUAAUGGAGGAAGUUCUGACUCAGAAGAUCUCCCUGUAUAA